AGCCAGGGUGCGUCUGGCAAGGCCACAGAGCGAGAUGAGGAGGGUUUUCGUGGGGACCACGGCGUACCCGUCUAAUCCGAGCGCUGGGGGAACCCGUGCCUGCCUCCGGCCCUGGGGUCUCUAGCCCGCUGCGCGGCGGGGAAUCGUCCUGCGUCCCAGAGGCUGGUUUAUUCCCCCUCGGUCGCCCUUUGGCCUGUGAAAGCGAAAGGCUCAAUCUCCUCUUAAUCGCUCGCCAAGGUGUGAGGCAAAGGUUCCCGGCGCAGCAGGGUGAGGAUGGGCUCAGGGACGGGAGAGGGGCAGUUGCUCCCCUGACUCGCCUGGUAAAGGAUGAAGAAGCUGCUGGCCCUCGUCCUCCUCCUCUUCCUCGGCCGCUUGGCUUCUUCGCACGGGCCAGGAGGACCCCCGUGGCGGCCGGAGAGGGAAGCGCUGCAGGAAGGAGGAGACACGCCGGCCAGGGGCUGGGAUGCCGGGGUGCCCACGGGUGCCGGAGCAGGCGUUUGGGGUGAUCUCGCACCCGGUGUGAGGGUAGAGGCCAGGAACCCCCGGCACCCGGCGAUGCGUGAGGAGACCGAGCGCAGGACUCCGCUGCCAGGAGAGAGACGCGACGCCAGUGACUUCACGGGCUCCCCCGACAGCCCCGCUGCGGCCGGGCCACCUCCUGUCCUCCAGGAUCCCGGCACCAGGGCCCUGCCGGCUCCCCUGGCUAAAGCCUCGGCCACACCCGUCCCGGCUGCCAGCCCCAGGGCCUCGGACACCACCCCCACACACACCCCUGCUACACCCACCACUGCCUCUGCCAUAACCUCGGCUACACCCGCCGCUGCUGUAACCAGAGCGACACCUACCGCCGCCUCAAAUACAACCGCUGCCUCAAGUACAACUGCCGCUACCCUCAUCCUCACAACUACACCUUACGCUUCACCCCGUACUGACACCACCAUAACUACACCUAACGCUACACUCACCACCAACAUCACAACUACACCCACCACAACUACAACUGACACUAUGCCCACCGCCACCACCUUGGCUGCCCCCACAACUACAGCUAAUACGUCACCCCUUACUGACACCGCCACCACUACAUCUAACACUACACUUUCCACCUCCACCCCAACUAUACCAACCACAGCUACACCUGACACUACACCCACCACCACCACCUCAGCUGUCCCCACAACUACACCAACAACUGCACCUUACACUCCACCCCUUACUGACAUAAUCACCACCACCACAACUACACUUAAUGCUACACUCACCACCUCCACCACCACUACACCAACUACAACUAUAUCCACUGCAACUACUAUUGACACUAUGCCCACCACCACCACCACCUUAGCUACCCGCACAACUACAGCUAACAUAUCACCCCUUACUGACACCACCACCACUACAUCUAACACUACACUUUCCACCUCCACCCCAACUACACCAACCACGGCUACACCUGACACUACACCCACCACCACCACCUCAGCUGUCCCCACAACUACACCAACAACUGCACCUUACACUCCACCUCUUACUAACAUAAUCACCACCACCACAACUACACCUAAUGCUACACUCACCACCUUCACCACCGCUACACCAACUACAACUACAUCCACUGCAACUACAACUGACACUAUGCCCACCACCACCACCUUAGCUACCCGCACAACUACAGCUAACAUGUCAGCCCUUACUGACACCGCCACCACUACAUCUAACACUACACUCUCCACCUCAACCACAGCAACACCUGACACUACACCCACCACCAACACCUCAGCUAUCCCCACAAUUACACCAACAACUACACCUUACACUCCACCCCUUACUGACAUAAUCACCACGACCACAACUACACCUAACACUACACUCACCACCAACACCACAACUACACCAUCUACAACUCCACCUGCCAGCUUCACAACUACACCUGAGACUUCACCCCUUACUGAUACCAUCACCGCUACACCUAACACUACACUUGCUACCAACAUCACAACUACACCUAACACUACACUCACCACCUCCAUCACAACUACACCUUCUACAACUCCACCUGUCACCUUCAAAACUACACCUGAGACUUCACCUCUUACUGAUACCAUCACCACUACUCCUAACACCGCACUUGCUACCAACACCACAACUACACCUAACACUACACUUGCCACCUCCAUCACAACUACAUCAUCUACUACUCCACCUGUCAUCUUUGAAACUACACCUGAGACUUCACCCCUUACUGAUACUAUCACAACUACACCUAACACUACAUUCACCACCAACACCACAACUACACCUAACACUACACUCACCACCUCCAUCACAACUACACCUUCUACAACUCCACCUGUCACCUUUGAAACUACACCUGAGACUUCACCCCUUACUGAUACUAUCACAACUACACCUAACACUACAGUCACCACCAACACCACAACUACACCAUCAACAACUAAACUCACCACCUUCACAACUACACCUGAGACUUCACCCUUUACUGAUACCAUCACCACUGCACUCACUACCAACACCACAACUACACCUAACACUACACUUGCCACCUCCAUCACAACUACACCAUCUACAACUCCACCUGCCAGCUUCACAACUACACCUGACACUCCACCCCUUACUGAUACUAUCACAACUACACCUAACACUACACUCACUGCCUCUAUCACAUCUACACCAUCUACAACUACACCCGCCACCUCUGCAACUACACCUGACACUCCACCCCUUCCUGAUACCACCACCAUCACUAACACUAGCACUACACUCGCCAACUCCACCACAACUAUACCCAUCACCCCAACUACACCAACCACAGCUACACCUGACACUACUCCCAUCACCACUACAUCAGCUACCCCCACAACUACAACACCUACUACCACUGUCACCAACACACCCACUUCCACAACUACCACCACCACCAGUGCUACACCCACUACCACUAUGAGCACAAGCACUGCUGUGUCCUCACCCACUCCAUCCUGGAGCAUCACAACAGCAGCGCCCUGCCAGAACGGUGGCACGCCAAACGGCACCGAGUGCCUCUGCCCACCUGGCUACUUCGGCCCCCGCUGUGAGUCACUGGACACCAGGUUCUGCCAGAACGGGGGGGUCUGGACCGGGGCAGAAUGCAAAUGCCCCCCCUUCUUCCAGGGGCCAGAAUGCGAAUUCGCCGUGGGCACCGUCGCGCUCAGAGUCGAGGUGAACGUGACGAUGGACGUGAAGCUGCAGGUGACCAACCGCGAGUUCACCGCUGACCUGGCCAACGCCUCCUCUCCGGCCUGGCGAGGGUUCGGGGCCCUGUUCACACAGCAGAUCAAGCCGGUUUAUAGCCAGAUCCCAGGGUUUCAGGACCUGGAGAUCCUGGAGCUCACGCCGGGCAGCGUCGUGGUGACCCACAGGGUGGCCCUGGCCGUCCCCGUCACCGCCCAGCUCGAGGCCACGCUGGAGAACCUGCCGCGGCGGCUGGCGGAAGAGAUCAGACUGGCGGCCCGCGACCAGGUCGUCUGCACUAGCAGCUCGCGGAAUCUGUGUUUCAAUCCCUCCUCCACCGAGGUGACGAGCCGGACGACAGCAGAGUUCAAUGGUGCAGAGCUCUGCAGGCAGACGCUGCCCCCCGGAUACAGCCCCCACUUCUUCCCCCGCCCGACGCCCGACGGCUUCACCUGCGCCUCCCUGUGCACCGGGGGGCUGCCGGGCGCCCUCGGCUGCAACGCGGGACAGUGCCGGGUGUCCCACGCCGGCGCCCACUGCCGCUGCCCGGCGAGCGGCCGGUUCUGGUACCUGGGCGCCAGCUGCGAGGUGCAAAUCGACCGGGUCGGCGGCACCGUCGCCAUCGUCGUCAUCGUUGCCUUUGUGCUGCUCAACGGCGCCGUCCUGCUGACCUACAGGUCAAAGGUCAAAGGGUGCCUGCGCUGCCGUCGGGGGCGCUGACCUCAUCGCCCCCCUCCCCGGCCCAGCCCCGCAGGGGGAGGGGAGCCCCGUGCAGCCGACCGACGCUGACUGAAACCUGGGCCGGGUCACCCAUCACCGCAGUGUGGGGGGGGGACACACGUCCUAUCUGGGGUCUGUACAGCACCUGGCGCGGCGAAGGACCCCGGGUCUCGGCCGGGGCCGCUAGGAUCUGCCGAGAUCCCCACCGCAGAGCUGGUUUCACCAGCGGACGGGAAGCCGCCGCCCACGGUGCCGGAACGCCGACCACAUGGGCCGACAGCGGGGACUUCUGGGGAGGGGGGGUUUCGUGGGUGCUUGACGCGUCUCAGCCGGCCCCCGCCCCCGUCGUCCCGCCCCACCUGUGGGCAGGCAGAGGUUUCGGGGCACCCUGAGCAGAGGGCUGCGCCACCGACCCUCUUGGCGAAUAGCCAGACACGGCCCCAUCCAUCAACAGGGGAGGACGGGGUGAGGAGACCAGGAGACAGGCUCAGGUUAGCAACAGGA